UGAGAACUCUACCUAUCGAGAAUGCUUUUGUUGCCAAACUGUCAACAAAAGUUCAGUCAUUCGAAAUCCCCCACUGGUAGCAGUCCCUUUCGAUCGAAAUUUUGAAAAUAACUAAAUUACAAGGUGCAACAAGAUGAAUCCAUUUCGGCCAAAUCAAGGUCCGAAUUUUCGAAUUCGCCUGAAUUUAGAUCGCAUGCCAGGCGAAAUAGAGCGCAUUAUGCAACGAUCGAUCAACCGAUCGGCAGAUAGACGUCGAAUCACCCAAAUGCCACAAAUCCGCUUGCGCGUCGGUCAUCAACGAGAUGUGGAUCGAUUUAUGCUCAAUAUGCGUAUACUGCUGCAACGACAGAGAACGGACUUCAAUCUGGGAGCCGGCGAUAGUAUCGACGUGUGGAACUGGAGGGAGCCUUCGUUGCCCACCGGUUUGAUGGGCGAGGGCGAUGGUGAUGGCGAUGGCUAUGGUGAUGACGUAAAUGCAAAUGAUCGACCACUGCGAGCACUACCACCAACCGCCUAGGAUCUGUUCCUCCUUCAACCACUUUUAGCAUCACUCUCUUCUGUCUCGCCCCUUCCUGUGUGUGGUGUCCAUUUUUCCGAUUCUGAAUGUCCUCCGCAAAAAAAGAAAACAAAAAUGCCGUCAUCAGCUAAAAGCCCCAAAACCCCAAACAAUCCUGUGCCACUUCCACCUGAACCAGUAAGCAACAGAGGAGAACGGACUUUGUUCGGACGCAUGUUGUGCUAUUAUUAUAUCCCCUCUGGGUUCUGGGUUGAUUUUCCCUUACCCCAAGAAUUUGAGGGGCUUUGCAAUCGGAGGACACGCCGAGGCACACGCAUAUAAUAAUUUCCUGCUCAAUGAGCAAUUAUCGUAAUAAAGAUACAACUCUGCUACUCUA